AUGGCACAGAUGCGCAAGCCGUUUGAAGAGCGGAACAAGAAUACAGCCCUCUACGCCCUCUCCAUCAUCAUCGGCACCGUCGCUCUCUCCUACGGCAGCGUCCCCCUCUACAAAACCAUCUGCCAACAAACAGGCUGGGGCGGGCAACCGAUCAAAUCCGCCGCGCACGGCUCCCCAGAAACGGAAGGCGACAUAGCCGCCAAACUGACGCCCAUCACCUCCUCGCGCCGCCUGCGCAUCACCUUCGCCGGCUCCACCUCCGACAUCCUCCCCUGGAAAUUCAGCCCGCAGCAGCGCGAGGUGCGCGUCCUCCCGGGCGAGACGGCGCUGGCGUUCUACACUGCCACGAACCAGAGUAAAGAGGAGGACAUUAUUGGCGUGGCGACGUACAGUGUGACGCCGGCGCAGGUCGCGCCGUAUUUCAGCAAGAUUCAGUGUUUUUGCUUUGAGGAGCAGCGGUUGAAUAAGGGGGAGACGGUGGAUAUGCCGGUCUUCUUUUACAUUGACCCGGAGUUUUUGAAGGAUCCGAAUAUGAAGGGGAUUGAUACGAUUACGUUGAAUUAUACUUUCUUCAAGGCGAAGUACGACAAGAACGGGCAUCUUGCUCCUGUUCCGAUGCCACACUAG